AUGGACGAUAAAUCAUUGCAGCCCCUGCCCCUCGUUCUUCCACAACUAUCAGGAGCAGAAGCGACCGCAAGCUCGACGAUAUCUGUCCCUUGGGAGAAGUGCAGGUUUGCCUCUGAAGACCUUCACCCUGCGCUCACCAUGUUGAGGAUACAGGCUCCGUUGCAUUAUCAUCCGACGAACGCAGGACCAAGAUGGCGCAUUUGCGCCUGCGGGAGCAUUCAGCAAGGAACUUCUUCCCUGCACGACGCCGAGGUGAAUCCCUCUGGAUACGGCGAAAGAAAGAACCGGAAACACCCGGGCGCCUACAUUGACAAAGAUGGUGAAGCGCGGACCUUCGACCGGAAGAAAAUAUCGCGGAAAAGAGGGGGUGCAAUGAGAGGCCGCGGCUGGAAGUACGGCUCCGGGUUCGUGGACGGCGUGUUCCCGGUGCUCAGCCCCAUGGCGCAGGACAUCCUGGAGCUCGUUCAGAAGGGGACGGACGACGCCAAGGUCUGGGAGGCGCUGGACGACGUCCCUCCCACGCACGCCCUGUGGGACGACGUCCUCAACGUCGCCGUCCAGCUCCGCCUGAACCGGCAGUGGGAUCCCAUCAUCUCAGUCUGCGAGUGGAUCGUGCACCGGAGCUCCUUCCGCCCGGACGUCGUCUGCUACAACCUGCUCAUCGACGCGUACGGCCGGCGGCGGCGGCUGGGCAAGGCGGAGGCCAUGUACGCGGCGCUGCUGGAGGCCCGGUGCGUGCCGACGGAGGACACCUACGCGCUCCUCCUGCGCGCCUACUGCACCGCCGGGUCGCUGCACCGGGCCGAGGGCGUCAUCUCCGAGAUGCGGGAGCACGGGAUCCCUCCGAGUGCGACCGUGUACAACGCGUACCUCGACGGGCUGCUCAAGGCGAGGUGCGCCGAGAAGGCGGUGGAGGUGUACCAGAGGAUGAAGCGGGAGCGGUGCCGGACCAACACGGAGACGUACACCCUCAUGAUCAACGUCUACGGCAAGUCGAAGCAGCCGAUGUCGGCGAUGAAGGUGUUCAAGGAGAUGCAGUCGCUGGGGUGCAAGGCCAACAUCUGCACCUACACGGCGCUGGUGAACGCCUUCGCCCGGGAAGGGCUGUGCGAGAAGGCCGAGGAGGCGUUCGAGGAGAUGCAGCAGGCCGGGCACGAGCCCGACGUCUACGCCUACAACGCCCUCAUGGAGGCCUACAGCCGCGCAGGGUUCCCGCAGGCCGCCUCGGAGAUCUUCUCCCUGAUGCAGCACAUGGGGUGCGACCCCGACAGAGCUUCCUACAACAUCCUCGUGGACGCCUACGGGAGAGCCGGCCUCCACCGAGAGGCGGAGGCCGUGUUCGAGUCGCUGAAGCGGCAGGGGAUGGCGCCGACGAUGAAGUCGCACAUGCUGCUGCUGGCGGCGCACGCCAGGUCCGGCAACGUGGCGCGCUGCGAGGAGGUGAUGGCGCAGCUGCACAAGUCGGGCCUCGCGCCGGACACCUUCGCGCUCAACGCCAUGCUCAACGCCUACGGCCGCGCCGGCCGGCUCGACGACAUGGAGCGGCUGCUCGCCGCCAUGGAGCGCCGGGGGACGCGCGACGUGGGCACGUACAACGUGGCCGUCAACGCCUACGGCCGCGCCGGGUACCUGGAGAGGAUGGAGGCGGCGUUCGCGUCGCUGGGGCGGAGGGGCCUCGCCGCCGACGUGGUCACGUGGACGUCCCGCAUGGGCGCCUACGCCAGGAAGAAGGAGUACCGGCGGUGCCUGGAGAUCUUCGAGGAGAUGGUGGACGCCGGGUGCUACCCGGACGCCGGGACGGCCAAGGUGCUCGUCGCGGCGUGCUCCGACGAGCGGCAGGUGGAGCAGGUCACCGCCAUCGUCAGGUCCAUGCACAAGGAGGCCAAGACAUUGUUCACCAUAUGA